CUUGAGAGGCUUGGGCGCCUGGAGGGCGGAGUCUAGGGGGCCCCCACACCUCGCGGCGGGGUGACGCCUGCAAUCACUUCACAAGGCAGAAAUUGUUACCGCGGCAAUAAAAGGCACCGUAGCGGCGGGGGCCUGGGAGUGGGCACAUGGGGGUGCGGGGGUGCAAGUGCCAAGCGCCAUGGGUUAGGCCCGAGAUCGGAGUCCGGCCGCCCCCCCGACAGCAGCCGCCUCCUGCUCCCCACGCGCCCCGGGCGCCACCAUGUCGGGCGAUAAACUCCUGAGUGAACUCGGCUAUAAGCUGGGACGCACGAUCGGAGAGGGCAGCUACUCCAAGGUGAAGAUGGCCACGUCCAAAAAGUACAAGGGCACGGUGGCCAUCAAGGUGGUGGACCGGAGGCGCGCACCGCCUGACUUCGUCAAUAAGUUCCUGCCUCGAGAGUUGUCUAUCCUGCGGGGUGUGCGCCACCCGCAUAUAGUGCACGUCUUCGAGUUCAUCGAGGUGUGCAACGGGAAGCUGUACAUCGUGAUGGAAGCAGCAGCCACCGACCUGCUACAGGCUGUACAGCGCAGUGGGCGGAUUCCCGGAGCGCAGGCGCGCGACCUCUUCGCGCAGAUCGCUGGCGCCGUGCGCUACCUGCAUGACCACCACCUAGUGCACCGCGACCUCAAGUGUGAGAACGUGCUACUUAGCCCCGACGAGCGCCGCGUCAAGCUCACAGACUUCGGCUUCGGCCGCCAGGCGCACGGUUACCCCGACCUGAGUACCACCUACUGUGGCUCGGCUGCCUACGCGUCGCCGGAGGUGCUGCUGGGCAUCCCCUACGACCCCAAGAAGUACGACGUGUGGAGCCUGGGAGUCGUGCUCUAUGUCAUGGUCACCGGGUGCAUGCCCUUUGAUGACUCGGACAUCGCCGGCUUGCCUCGGCGCCAGAAGCGUGGCGUACUUUAUCCCGACGGUCUCGAGCUGCCCGAGCGCUGCAAGGCCCUCAUCUCUGAGUUGCUGCAGUUCAGCCCGUCGGCCCGGCCUUCGGCCGGCCAGGUAGCGCGCAAUGGCUGGCUUCGGGCGGGAGACUCAGGCUAAUCGCUAGGGCUCCUGCCAGUAGCGUUACCCAGCGCUACACUCGCGCGGUGCACGCGCAACGGGCGCGCU